AUGAAUAGUCCAUGUAAACACAUUGGUAUAAAUCAGCGAGCGUUAUCGAAAACCCUUAAUAGUGUUGUUUAUGCAGUUAUAUUUCCCAAUAAUGCUAAAGCGCGAGAAGUUCAUGCUAGAUAUAUUAGAUGUAUUCAAUGUAAAACACGAUUGAAUGCAUUGAUGUGCGCAUGUUGUCAAUGUUCAACAUUUGCAUGUUUAACACAUAUACACGAUCAUAUGGCAGCCAAAGAGCAUCUCUUCGCGGUUUCUGUCGAAACAGGUUUUAUUUAUUGUUACCAGUGUGGUGAUUUUGUAUACGAUCGUGCUAUGGAGGAUGCUCGACGUGAUGCCGAAAAUGGUUGCCGACGAUCAUUAAACUUAAGUACUCGGAGUAUUUGGUAUCCAGGUGCAGCUGUUGUUGAUGUAUGUCAUGAUGAUCCAACUCGAAUGGUUCGAUUUUCGAGGAGUAGUAUCAGAGGUUUACGUGGAUUGGUGAAUUUAGGGAAUACGUGUUUCAUGAAUUGUAUUAUACAAGCUAUUGUACAUACACCACAUUUAAAGGAUUAUUUCCUUACUGAUCAGCAUCAUUGUGCGUCAUCGUCAUCACAUAGCAAAGCUCAAUGUCUCAUGUGUGAACUUGCUAAUACUUUUCAGGAGUUUUACAAAGGUGAUGUAACACCUUACAAGCCAAAUCGAUUUCUGAAUCUUGUCUGGACACAUGCAAGGCAUUUGGCUGGCUACGAACAACAGGAUGCACAUGAAUUCUUUAUCGCUGCCCUUGAUGUACUUCAUCGACAUUCCGGAAGUAGCUCACUUCCUUCAACGCCAAAUGAAUGUAAUUGUAUUAUUGAUUGGAUCUUUACCGGCAAAUUACAAUCUGAUCUCACAUGCUCAAUUUGUGGAUGUGUAUCAACAACUGUUGACCCAUUCUGGGAUAUAUCACUUGAUGUGGCUCAAGAAGUGUUACGUUCUCCCAGCAGUAGUUCUGGUUCACCACAACAAAUUACUUUGGAAGAUUGCUUACAUAGGUAUAUAAUGCCCGAACAUUUGGGAAGUAAUGCAAAAACCAAAUGUGCUCGUUGUGAAACAUACGAAGAGUCAACGAAGCAACUCACCUUAAAAACUCUUCCAAUGGUUGCCUGCUUUCAUUUGAAGCGUUUUGAGCAUAGUCACAAAGAUCGGAAGAAAAUGGACACAAAGAUCAAAUAUCCUCAAUUUAUUGAUAUGACUCCGUUUACGGCUUCAUUUCGUGAACGUUCCAGCGGUGCUCCAGAGAGCAGAACUAGUAUAGUCACCGAUUUGCUUACAACAAAUCGAAAUAAAUACGAACUGUUUGCAGUUGUGAAUCAUUUGGGUACGAUGGAAAGUGGUCAUUAUACAUGUUACAUCCGACAUCAACGUAAUCAAUGGUUUCAAUGUGAUGAUCAAAAAGUUACAAAAGUACCUACGGAACGAGUCCUUUCAUCUCAAGGCUAUUUGUUGUUUUAUCAUAAAUGUCAUGCUGAUUAUUAUUAA